CCCCCGGGAAGCACAGGGUAGAGGAUGAAGGAGCAGGAACCUCUGGAAGCAGAUGCAGUCAGCAUGUGGAACAUCAGUCCAGAGGAGAGGUUGAAACAUGAUAAACAGUUUAACUCUCUGACACCUAUCCUGGGAUACAUAUCGGGUGAACAGGCGAGUCAGUUCUUCCUCCAGUCUGGUCUUCCUCCUUCAGUCCUGGCUGAGAUCUGGUCCCUAGCUGAUAUGGGUAGUGAUGGGAGGAUGGACCAACUAGAGUUCUCUAUUGCCAUGAAGCUGAUUAAACUGAGGCUGCAGGGGCGGGGCCUUCCCCCCUCUCUACCAAUCAGCAUGAAGCAGCCACCCACUGCCACGCCCACCUCCAUUAUGAAGUCUUCAGCAUGCUUCGGUAUGGGCUCGAUGCCAAAUCUGUUCGUCGGCAUGCCCGUCCUGACCCCGAUGCCCCUUAACCCCACCCUGACCUCUGUGCCCUCCCUGGUUCCCAUGACGAUGCCGCUGGCCAAUGGCAACUCCAGCCUCCUCAACCCAUCUCCAUUUAGCACCACUCCAGCACUCCCUCUGUCCUGCUUCUCCUCUCCAAUGGCAUUCUCUCCAUCUGCUGGGAUUUCCAAGGCUAACUCCCUAUUGGAUCUGUCCUCUAGCAGUUCUAACUCCUCCUCCACCACCUCCCUGGCCAGUAACUCUCCCAAGACGUGCUCUUGUGAUUGGUCCGUUCCCCAGUCCACCAGGCUGAAGUACAGACAACAGUUUAACAGUCUGGACAAGCUGAUGAGUGGAUACCUCUCUGGCCCUCAGGUGAGGAAUGCCCUCACUGCCUCCAACCUGACCCAGACACAGCUAGCUACCAUCUGGACCCUGGCUGACGUGGAUAAGGACGGUCAGCUGAGAGCUGAGGAGUUUAUUCUGGCCAUGCACCUGGUAGACAUGGUUACGACAGGAUGUCCGCUACCCCUCACCCUGCCCUCAGACCUGGUACCCCCUGUCUUAGGUAACACACACACAGACACACACGUGCUCACACUAUCUCUCUGA